AUGUCGGAAAGAGUGAAAGAGGUUGCAGCUGAAGAAUUCCAGCAGGCAAAGAUACUUGCCAUAGAUGCGGCGCGAUCGGGAGCCUACCUCUACCCGCUUAAGGGCAUCGCGUACUUUUUCUCCCACCGUAGCCUAUGGAAGCCACUCGGUUCAAAACUACUGCCCACCUUAUCCCUAGGUGUAGGAGUGACGUUGUUCAUGUUCGCUGUGACAUACGUUCCUCAGGCUGCCGUUCUGACCAUAUUCAAUGGCCCUCUGGCGAUCGUCACGACCGUUCUCUUGGUGCUCAGCGAGAGCAGUACCAUCUUCUCUGUUCUUAGCAAGAACUUCCUUAUUGACGAAGCUCUAAUAGACACUUUCGAUGGCACCCUCUUGUCACGUAAUUUGACCUCUUUGGUCUCCAAAGAGCGCCAGAUCAAGCCAGGAAGCGACCCUGUAGCAAAGCUGGGUAAGAUUCUUCGGAAGCCCUUCGCACGCUUCACCCCGAAAGCUAUCAUUCGCUACUUCCUAUACCUUCCUCUGAACUUUAUCCCCGUUAUCGGCACGAUCUUGUUCGUCAUUUUGCAAGGACGCAAGUUCGGGCCAACAGCGCACCAGCGAUACUUCCAAUUGAAGCAGAUGAACAAGCGAGAGAAGGAACAAUUUGUCGAGCAACGGAAGGGUGCCUACACAAGUUUUGGAGUUCCCGCAGUUCUCCUUGAGCUUGUACCCAUAGUUGGCAUCUUCUUCUCGUUCACGAACACGGUUGGCGCGGCAUUGUGGGCCGCAGACCUGGAACAAAAGCAGACGACGGCGCCAAAACUUCGAGAGCAGGCUGAGCUCGCUAAGAAAUCCGAGUAA